ACGCCUUCCGUACCGCCGGGUGGCUCGCCGGGGCCCUCGGCGUCGCCGGCGCCGGCGCCGCUACCUUCUACUGCAUGCUCCUCCUGCUGGAUUGCAGGGACAAGCUGCGGGAGCAAGAAACAGAGGAGGACGGGCUCGGAGAUGAGCAGAGCCGCCAUGGCGAUGGCGGCAACUACACCUACGGGGACCUGGGCGAGCGAUGCUUCGGCCCCGUCGGCAGGCACUUCACGGAGGCCAUCAUCGUCCUCUGCCAGACCGGCGGCACCGUGGCGUACCUCGUCUUCAUCGGCCAGAACAUCAGUUCGGUGCUCCCCGCGCUCUCGCCGGCCACCGUCGUCCUGGCUCUCCUGCUGCCAGUCGAGGUCGCGCUCUCCUUCGUCCGCUCCCUCUCCGCGCUCGCACCCUUCAGCAUACUCGCCGACGCCUGCACUGUGCUGGCUGUCGCCGCCGUGGUCAAGGAGGACGUCCAGGUCCUGGUCGAGCGCGGGCAGCCAUUCGCCGGUCGGAGCGCGUUCGCCGGGCUCUGGGGCGUCCCGUUCGCCUGCGGCGUCGCCGUGUUCUGCUUCGAGGGGUUCUGCCUCACGCUGGCGCUGGAGGCGUCCAUGUCGAACAGAGCCAAGUUCCGGUCGGUGCUCCUCCAGGCCAUUGCCGGGGUCACGGUCGUGUACGUCGGAUUCGGCGUCUGCGGCUACCUCGCCUACGGUGACGCCACCCGGGACAUCGUGACCCUCAACCUCCCGAGCAACUGGUCCACCGCCGCCGUCAAGGUGGUGCUGUGCGUCGCGCUGGCGCUCACGUUCGCGGUGAUGAUGCACCCGAUCCACGAGAUCGUGGAGUCGCGGCUGCUGGCGCCGGGCGGGUGGGUGCGGAGGCGCGGCCGCUUCGUGGAGCGGGCGGCGCUGCACCUGAGCCGCGUCGCGGUGGUGGCGACGCUGGCCGCGAUAGCGUGCUUCGUGCCGGCGUUCGGGGAGUUCGCGGCGUUCGUCGGGAGCACGGUGUGCGCGCUGCUCUCCUUCGUGCUACCGGCGCUCUUCCACCUCCGCGUCGUGGGGCCGACGGCGAGCACGUGGGCGCGCGCGGUGGACUACUUUUUCUUGCUCUCCGGCCUCGUAUUUGCCGGUCAUGGGAUGUACAGAGUCUUGUCACCCCAGUGACAAUUGAAAAUGUUCAUCAGUUUAGAACA